AUGGCUGAUAAAGAUCCAGCCUUUGGCGACCAAUUGCUUGGCUUUGGCCUGCUGAUUGUGGCUUGUGUUUCAUUUGGGGGCAUGUUUAUUCCAUUGAGAAGAUAUCAGUGCAAAGAUGGUGAGUUUUUUUUCAAUAUGAAUUUUUUUUGCCCUCCUUUUUUGACGUUGUUAUUUGAACGUAUUUUUUCAGGAUUUUUCGUCCAAUGGGUUCAAUGCGCAGUCGUGUUUUGCGUUGGUUUUGUCAUCAAUAUUAUCCGCGACUUCCCUCCGUUCAAUUGGAUCGCCAUUUUCGGAGGAUUUUUGUAUGCCACGGGUAAGAUUACAUGCAAAUUGGGAAAUUUUUUUGAGGAGAUAUCUGCUCAAAAUUUGAUUUGAAAUUUCUCUUUUGACAAGGGAAGUACCCCAACGCUCAUAUUUUCUUUAAAUUUUGUACACGCGUCGGGAAUAGACUAAAUAUCAAUUCCUGAAAGUUUUAGCUUGCGUUUUGCAGGCGCCACCGAAAUAUUGAACGAUCUUUGCCGCCGAGAAAGUUCACUAAGCGUGGAGAGCGGGAAGGGAGAAAAACACUUUUUGGCCAUAACUUUGCUAGUUUCGCGAGGAAAAAAUUGAUUUUUUGGGGAAACAUUAUCCUUUACAGUAGAAAUAGGCAUACGACUUUUCGUGCCGAAGUUCGGCAAAAAUUGUCUAAUUUUCGCCGACCUUCAAUGUAAAAAUCUCGGUUGUUUCUGCAAAGCGCGAGCAAAUAGGCAUAAACCUUUUCGUGCCGAAAAUCGGCAAUUUUUUUUAUUAUUUUUUAUAAUUUUGUUAUUUUCUUAUUGUUUUAUUAUUUUUUUAAAAAUAUCUUAUUUUUUUAUUUUAUUUUUUUUUACAAAAAAUCAUUCCAAAUUUGCGCCAAGUUUCAUCAAAAUCUGAGCGUCAAACUUGGGGUACUUCACAGGAUUACCGUCAAUAUUGUUUUUUAAAAUACGUGUACUUACUUUACAGUGAAAUUUUCGCCGACCUUCAAUGUAAAAAUCUCGGUUGUUUCUGGAAAGCGCGAGCAAAUAGGCAUAAACCUUUUCGUGCCGAAAAUCGGCAAUUUUUUUUUGUUUUUUUAUUAUUUUUUAUAAUUUUAUAUAUUUUUUCUUAGUUUAUUAUUUUUUUAUUUUAUUUUUUUUACAAAAAAUCAUUCUAAAUUUAUGCCAACUUUCAUCAAAAUCUGAGCGUCAAACUUGGGGUACUUCCCAGCAUUACCGCCAACAUCGUUUUUUAAAAUACGCAUACUUACUUUACUGGGCUUUAUUUUCCUUUCCAGGCAAUGUUCUCUCGGUUCCGAUCAUUGAAAGCGAACUUGGCGUUGGCCUUGGGAUGCUGAUUUGGACCACCGUUCAGGUAUGGUAGGUUCACAAUAUCGCCCAUUUUUCCCUUUAUUUUUUUUAUCUUUCGAACAAUUUUUUGUCAGAUAGUUGUUGGUUGGUGUAUUGCGCGAUUUGGAUUAUUCGGAACGAAAAUUCAAGAGGUCAAGAGCUUGACGUUGAAUUAUGCGGGUCUUGUGCUGACUCUGGCCAGUGGCGCGAUUUUUGUCAUGGUCAAAGGGAAUAAGCAGGAGGACAAAAAGAAUGAAGAUGAGACUGCGGAAAGCCAGAGAGGAUCUAUCACGAAGAGAAAGAUGGUGUAAGUUGAUUUUUUUCAACUUACAGUUAAAAAAUUUUUUCAAAAUUUUUUUUUUUAUUUUUAAUUCAUCGAUUUUUUGGUCAAUUUUGUUGCAGUAGAACACAUUACAAUCAAGUUGAGCAUUCUUUUCUUUUUUCUCGCAUAUAAUUUUAUAUUGUUUUAGGUACAUUUUACUAGCCGUGGCUCUCGGCCUCCUUCAUGGAUGCAUGUUGACUCCAAUUGUUUACAUUCAGGACAACCAAAAGGACGCUUCGGAUCACGGUGAGUUAAUCUUAGCUUUUUAGUUCGUAUCAUAUUUUUUACUUUAUUGUGAAACCUAAUGUAAGGAAAUUUGAAAAAAAAAUUGUAAAUGUUCUGGCCGUAUUUUACAAAUUUCAGAAAUGAAAAAAUGCUGUUUCUUUUCCGCAGUCUCUAAAAUUUUGUUUUGCAACAGCUUGCGCCAAUUCUGACAAGUUUGAGGUUUGAAAAACCGUUUGCCGCCAUUUUUGGCAUUCUGUUUCAAGGGGCUAAAAAUGUCGGGUUUAUCUAGAAAGUGAUAAAUUAGGGCACUAGAAGGUCCGGGAAAUUCUUUUAAAUCCUUUUUUGCCUCUUUUCAUUACAUUUUCUUGCGUUUUUAUAGUAUAUAGUAGACACUUUACCUUCGGUUUUAAAAAAUGCUCUAUUUUUCGAUAAAGAUUGUUUUUAUAUGCGAUUUAAUCUAGUCUAUUGCAAUUUACAGUAUUUACUUUACUAUUUACAACAAGUUUUUUUCAGCGAUUGACUACUUGUUUGUCCAUUUUUCCUCGACUUUUUUCUUCUCCACCAUUUAUUUCGUCCUCUACUGUUGCAUUCGCCGGAAAAAAGCCGUUGUCGAUCCAUCCUUGGUGUUGCCCUCAGUGUUAUAUGGAGUUUUAUGGACAUUGGGAAUGUCAUUGUUCAUAAUUGCAAAUCAUAUCCUCUCACAAACCGUCAGUUUUCCGAUCGCCACAAGGGUAAGAUGAUGAUGUUUUUUAUACACAAAUUUGAUUGGUUGGACAUUUUUUCAACGAUUUUUUCAUAAAAAAAAUCUUUUUAGCUUCCAGCAAUUCUCGGAGCUCUCACUGACGUCUUCAUUUUCCGGACAAUACAGGUAAAAAAUAUGAAAAAAAUUAUAUGUAUUGUUUACUAGAGAAGGUCCAAAAAAUCAUUGAAUUUUACAUAUGCGUUGCCCUCGAUUUUCUUCAAGUGCUGUUAAUAAAGCACUUUUCGAUUUUCGAAAAUUUUGCCUUGCAGUUUGAAGAAGCAGCUGAGAUAUCCAACGACUUUACUUUUCGGAGGGAGUAGCCAAACUGACAAGGGAAGUACCCCAAGUGCGACGCCCAGAUUUUCUUUAGAUUUUGCACACUCUUUGGGCAUGAACUAGAUAUCAAUUCCUGAAAGUUUUAGCUUGCGCUUUGCAAGUGCCACCGAGAUAUUGAACCAUCUUUGCCGCCGAGGGAGUACUCUAAGCGUGGAGGGUCAGGGAGAAAACACUUUUUUGGUUUUAACUUUGCUAGUUUUGUGCGGAAAAAGUUUAUUUUUUUGUAGGAAAUGGUAAAAAUAGGUUGCAACUAUUCGUGCCGAAAUUCGACAAAAAUUCUGAAAUUUUUGUUGACUUUCGACCUAAGAUUUCUGCAAAGCGCGAGCUAUGAUUCUCGCAUAUACAUAUUUUAUAAAUAAUGAUUCUAAAUUUGCGCCCAGCUUCUCGGAAUCUGCGUUUCGCACUUGGGGUACUUCCUUUGCGAGCAUGCAAAGCCUGACAAGCCAAAAUUUCCUGAUCUUGAUGACCUAUUUAAAACAGAUAUCAAAGAUUUUUAACCAUUCAAAACACUAUCCUUUGACUACAUUUUUUUUGUUACAAAAACUCGCGCAUCUCCAAUAUCUGGUUGAACCUGAACUCUACCCCUUUUCUGAACUUUACCCCUUUUUCAACUCUACCCCUUGAAUGAACUUUACCCCUUUUUAAACACUACCCCUCAUUUUGAAAAUUGAAAAAUGAGGUGUGACACCUUAUACGAUGAAAAAGUUUUUCAAAUUGAGAAAAAUCAGGCGUGACAUCUUAUACGAUGAAAAAGUUUUUCAAAUUGAGAAAAAUCAGGCGUGACAUCUUAUACGAUGAAAAAUUUUUUCAAAUUGAGAAAAAUCAGGUGUGACAUCUUAUACGAUGAAAAUUUUUUCAAAUUGAAAAUAAUAAGGUGUGACAUCUUAUACGAUGAAAAUUUUUUUCAAAUUGAGAAAAAUCAGGUGUGACAUCUUAUACGAUGAAAAUUUUUUCAAAUUGCAAAAAUUAGGUGUGACAUCUUAUACGAUGAAAAAAUUUUUCAAAUUGAAAAUAAUGAGGUGUGACAUCUUAUACGAUGAAAAAGUUUUUCAAAUUGAGAAAAAUCAGGUGUGACAUCUUAUACGAUGUAAAAUUUUUUCAAAUUGAAAAUAAUAAGGUGUGACAUCUUAUACGAUGAAAAAGUUUUUCAAAUUUAAAAUAAUAACACACCUUAUUAUAAACACACCUUAUUAUUUUCAAUUUGAAAAAAAUUUUCAUCGUAUAAGAUGUCACACCUGAUUUUUCUCAAUUUGAAAAAAAUUUUCAUCGUAUAAGAUGUCACACCUUAUUUUUUCAAUUUUCAAAAUGGGGUAGUGUUCAAAAAGGGGUAGAGUUCAGAUUUUUUGGCGAAAAUCAAAAAAGGGGUAGAGUUCAGCCUUUUUGGGGUAGAGUUGAAAAAGGGGUAAAGUUCAGAUUGGGGUAAAGUUCAGAAAAGGGGUAGAGUUCUGCCGCAACGCCAAUAUCUCACUCAACUUUCUUUGCAGGGCAAGCGAAAUCUCAUCAUUCUAACAAUCGGAAUUUGUAUUGGAGUCAUUGGCGUGGUCCUGGUCGGCAUUUCGAAUCAAAUCAGCAUAUAA